AUGUCUUUAGUCUCACAGUUGAAAGAUGAUUUCAAUGAGUCAACCUCAGAAUAUCUCGAGUGGUUAAAGUCCCGUAAUGUCAACAUAUCAUCCAAGAUUACCAUACAUGAUUACACUUCAAUCAAUCAAGGGCGUGGAGUGAUUGCGUUAAAGGAUAUAAAAGAAGGAGAGAUCUUGGCUACUAUUCCUAAAACUGCACUCAUAAAUGUUCAACAAAAUUUACUCAUCUGUGAACACCCCAAUUUGAAGCAUUACUUAAUGAGACUCUCCCAUUGGGAUGCGUUGAUAAUCAUUCUAUUGUUCGAACUUCGCAAUAAAGAACAAAGUCAGUGGUUGAAAUAUAUCAAUGUUUUACCGCAGAAGGGAUUCAAUCAAUUGAUGUUUUGGAGCCAAAAUGAAUUGAAUUUGUUACAACCAAGUUAUGUCAUAGAAAGGGUAGGCAAGGAGGCUGCUGACGAAAUGUAUCAUAAAGCGUUAGAUAUAAUCAAGGAGUUGAAAAUAGAUGAGUUAGACGAGGUCGCAUUUGAUGAGUAUAACGUUGUUGCAACUAUAAUUAUGUCGUACUCGUUUGAUGUCGAGUUGACGAAAGAAGAGGAGAAAGAUGUUAGGGAACAGCUUGGUGAAGCAGAACAAGAAGAAGAUCGUAAUUUUGAUGAAGGGGAGGAAGUACCGGAACUAGUUCAACACGGGCAUGGUUCACAUAACGGGACCACGGAAGUAAAAUCAUUACUUGAAAGAAAUGGAAUACCACUAGACGAGGCUGGUGAAGUAAUCAAUGAUCUGGCAGAAUUGCAAUAUGUUGAAGAACUGGAACGGGAACACAAUGAUGGAGAGGGAGGCGAAGAAGGAGAGGAAGAUGAUGAAGAAGAGGAGGAAGGAGGGGAAGAGGAAGAAGAUGAUGAUUAUGAAGCCAGUUCUGGACCCCCAGAAAUACUAAGCGAUGGGUAUAUCAAAUCAAUGGUGCCCUUAGCUGAUACGUUGAAUGCCGACACAAAUUACAACAAUGCUAUUAUAAACUAUGAACAGAACGCCUUAGUCAUAACCAGCAUCAAAGCAAUCAAGAAAGGUGACCAAGUCUACAACACAUACUCAAAUCACCCAAAUGGUGAAAUUUUACGGCGAUAUGGCUAUGUUGAACCCCGUGGCUCAAAGGGCGAUUUUGGAGAGGUCCCGAUAUCCAUUAUAUACCAAUUCUUUAUUGAAAAAUAUUUGGUGCAUGAGACUGACUUGAGUCAAUUACUUGAGAUCGUUGGCGAAAUUACAUUUCAAGAACAAAUGAAAGAUAAUUCGUUAGAUGACGAUGAAGUGACUGAACUUAUACUAGAUUCAUAUGAUUGUUUCAAAACCGGUGAAGUAACAAUUGAAUUAAUCUUUUUGGUACAGUUAUUAACUACAUUUUUUAUGAUACAAAGAACAAAUGAAGAAAUCACGCAUCAUUCAGUGAGACGAGUAUAUCGUAAAAUCUAUCAACUUAUUGAAUCGAAAAAGAUAACUCAAGGAUCAGUCAAGAACUUGCAAGAAAUUUUACAGAUUAGAUUAGAUCAAUAUCCCGAUUAUGCUGCUGAGCCAUUUACCAAGGAUACAGGAUCCAUGGCUCGUGAUGUAAUGGCGGCAAUCGUGUUGAAAAGUGAAUUCCAGUCAUUGAGUGCAUGUCUCCAGGAUUUGCAAAAGACAGUAGAAAGGACGUUGGAUGCGCCAGUCAAGGUUAUAAAUGAUGCUAAAUUGGCUAGGGCAAUUACAGAUGUUGGCGAAAAGGGACAUGUCGCCGGUAGCGGGAAAUCUACAGGUGGAAAGAGGCCAGGAGGCGAAAGUGAAAGUAAUAAGGCAAAGAAAUUAAAACGAUGA